AUGUCUGCCGACGGGUUCUGGCUCUUCGAAGGUCUUGAGGAAGAGCCUUACGGUCUUCUUCCGCUGGUUAAUCUCUCCGCAAAAGUUUGUUUUUCUGUUGUUGUCGUAAUAUUUGAUUUUGUUGGAGAUUAGGAAACUAGCAAAGAUUUCUAAGUAAUCAAGAGGGGGACAUUUUCCCUAUGAAAAUUAGAGUUGAAUGGUUUUUAGAGCUAUGUAAACAGUGACUUUUUUCAACUGUAUUUUCAUCCUUUUAGGUGCUCUCCUGGAAAAUCCGUUUUUUUAAAGUAUAUUUUUAACAAUAUUGGUUAUAUAACUUAUAGAGAUUUAGUUUUUAGAAUCCACAGUAAGGAAACGUUUUCAAAAAAAAAUACCCAUAGUUUUCUUCGGUUCUGUUAUACCAAAAAUUUUCUCUUUUUCAGGGAGGACCGACAAGUACAAAAUAUGUCGACCGAGUUGGUUCCUAUCAGUGGUAUCUGAACGACGAAACACCGACCAUUUUGGUAGACUUUUAUCUUGCUAAGAAACGAUUCACAGCCUCGGCUGAGUUUUUGAAAACUCGGAACGUUGAGAUUUGAAAUUCACCAUCUUUUCCAUUUUCUUAAUGUCGUGUUACAGGUGCCAGGAAUGCCUGUUGAGUCGUUCUACUGGCCUGGCGGAAAACUUCAACAAGACCACGGCGUCGUCAUCUACGACGUCAACCAUAUGAAGGUCUUACUUUCAGCUCCAAAACUAAUAAUGAACGUGUUUUCAGGUCCGAAAAGGCUCACUCGACGCCAUGAUCAUCGCCGCCAAACUGCUCUCUGAGAAGAAAAAGAAGCCGCUCGACUUCUCCCAGUUUCACUUCAUCACCGACGCCGUUAAUCUUCAGAAAAUCUUCGCGUUUUGUCAGGUUCUCGGAAGUUUUGAGCGAUUCAAGAAGGUGGAAAGUUUUAGGAAGCCGGCGAAGGUCUUUUCCGCAUCGACUGUGAACGAGUUGGCCAGACAGUACUGCUUACCAGGCAAGUCAUCGAGAUCAUUUUCUACGAAUCAACUCCAGACAACUCGAUCAAGACAAAUGACUUUGAUUGGCUGUUCAAACCUUUUUUCAAUUUUCAAUCGAAGCGGACCUAUCAGAGUUUUUGAUCGAAAAGUUUAGCUGUAAGAUAUUAAAAUUAAUUUUUUUUUCUUUCACUUUUUUCAAAUCAUUGAUGAGUUGUUAUAAAAGCCAUGAUUUAUAAUUUUGGGAACUAGGAAAAGAAAAAGAAAGAAGGAAAUAGUUUAUUUUCAGAAUGGAGGCGUCGGAUCUGAUGGAAAUCGGCCACGUCACUUUUGAUCAAAACUUGAAGGUAAUAUAGGUUUCUGAUUUUUCUACUAAAUUGCAUUCACAAUGGUUUUUAAUUUUCUCAAAAUCUUCUGCGAAAACAUAAUAUUGGAAUAAGCGUUUCAGUACCGUAUGACGAGGCCUCGCGGCGCUCAUUCCACAGGACCGUUCUAUCAGCUCAUGGCUUAUCAGUUCGGAUCUUACCGCAUUUUAGUCAGGCUAGUUUCUGCUCUGAAAAGGAAUGGAGAAAUUUUCAUUUCAGAUACGAAGUCGAUUGCGCAGAUUACGCCGCAGUCAAAUGCACUCCGUGAGCUUUCACUUCUCUGAAAAUAUUUCUUCUUUUUUGGGAAACAUGCAAGUAAUUACGAGAUUGGAACUCGGAGAUCACAAAAUAGUAUGGAAAAUCAGGUUGUGCAGUAUAAGGUUCGAAGAUCAAUUGAAACCAGUCUGAAGUAGUGCUUCAAAGUAAUUAUUGGUAAUUCAUCCAAUGAAAACUGAUUGUUUUCCGAUCGUUCUGGAACGAGAUAAAAAGUAGAGAAAACUUCAGAUAAUCCUGAUUGAAUUCAUGAAGGGGGAGAAAGAAUUUUAUACUUAAUUCGCCACGAAACGAUAUUAUUUGGCUUUUCUGUGCUCACUCGAUCUCUCAACGUCGGUCUUUGUUUUAAGUUCGAUUAUCAACCUUUCUGUGACUACGCCGACAAGGGAAGUUAGAAGACAGACAAGCCGGAUUUUUCUAAGUCACGAUGAAUGACUAAAUAGAUACUUUUAGAAACUUGGAAUAGAAGGAAAAAAUAAAAACAGUUUUUUGAAACGUGACCUCUUUAGCGUGACAGUGGACAAGUCAGAAGCGCUGCCGCCGAAGGAAAAAAGCGCCGAGAACCCAGAGAUCGAGGUUGUCCGGUACGGAGAAGUGCCGCACGACGUGCCUCUUCAAGUGCUCACCACCUACCCUCAAGGCGCCGGAUUUCCUUUCUUCACCUGGGCUCAGCUCUUCUUCACCAACGCCAGCAACGUUCGUCGUUUCUGAACAUCGCCUUUGCAACGAGCCCAACGAGUUCAGGAGCUCAUCGGAUGGUUCAAAGGCAACGGCGACUUCGGCAAACCCGCCAUCUACACCAUGCAGGACGUCUCCAAGAUGAUGAAGCCGCUUCCGCUCGUCACUCUCAGCAAAGGUUUUUCACGUUUUCACGUGAGCAGUAAACAUCGAAUAUGAGCUCUUAGAAGCUUUUGCUUUUACUAUCGAUUGAGAAAAGACCGAAUUUUUUGCCAGAUUGUUUGUUUACAUCUAGGCCGCACUAUUUUUUGAGUUUUCUCCAAGAUAAAAAAAAAGUUAAAGAAAUUCAAACAUUUCUGUAUUGCCGUUAUGAUGAAAUAUUCCUUCACCUUAGAAUGGAUAAAAUUCUUUAUGAGGAUUUUCAGUAUGCGAAAAAAAAAGAGAUUCAGACUUAUACCUAGUUUUUUUCCCAGCUUGUGGAGAUAAAAUAAAAAUUUUUCUCUCUAAUUUGAAAUUUCUUUCGUGUUUGAUCGUCUCCGAGGUGUUAGCACACUGUUUAAUGGAAUUCCAGAAAUAUUAUUCCCGAUUCAUUGAUACAUUACUUUUCAGUUCACGACUGCUUGGGGAAAAUCUUCAAGUUCCUCACCAAGAACGACAAAAACUUCCGAUGUGGGCUUGUCUGGAAGGGCAAAGCUCAUCUCGAAAUCUUCGCCAAGGUAGGAACUUCUUUGCAACUUUCCAGGAAAAGCGAAAUUUACUUUCUUUUAUCUCACUGAUGAGUCGGCACAGAGAUUAAACGUUUCCAAUUGAGCACCCCGAGGCGGACGGCGGAAUCACAGAAGGCGUGCGCCAGUUCCUGGAGACGCAGUGCAAAGACGCGCCAGAAGAGGAAGCCGAAGGAUCGGCGAACUAG